AACCUGAAACUACAACAACAGCAAACUGUCAUGGCGGCUGCCACAAGGCUCAUCUCAAGGUUGACGCUGGUCACCGGUGGAGGCAGUGGGAUCGGGCGGGCGGUGUGCCAGCGUUUGGCCUCUGAGGGCGCCUCCGUGGUGGUCGCUGACAUCAGCGAGGAGUCGGCCAAUGAGACGCUGGGGAGUCUGCAGAGCAACCUCAGAGGGCAGGUCCACACGGCGGCUGUAGUGGACGUGUCGUCUAAAGAGAGCAUCAAGAAGCUGGUAAUGAGCGUGCAGACUCGGUACUUCCAGCCUCCCUCGGUGUGCGUGAACGCAGCCGGCAUCACUCAGGAUGACUUCCUGCUCAACAUGGAGGAGGAGCAGUUUGAUAAAGUCAUCCAGAUCAACCUGAAGGGUUCAUUCUUGAUCACUCAGGCGGUCGCUCAGGCUCUGGUGGCCUGUGGAGCGCCCAAAGGAUCCAUCAUUACUGUGGGCAGCAUCGUGGGAAAGGUAGGAAACAUCGGUCAGGCUAACUACGCUGCCUCUAAAGCUGGAGUCGAGGGUUUAACAAGGACCGCUGCCAAAGAGCUCAGCAGGUUUGGGAUUCGCUGUAACUGCGUGCUGCCAGGGUUCAUUACGACUCCAAUGACAGAUAAAGUGCCAGAGAAGGUUAUUAGCAAGAUCGAGUCCUUGGUGCCUCUGGGAAGGAUGGGCGAGCCGGCGGAGGUCGCUGAUGUCUGCGCCUUCCUCGCCUCGGACGACUCUCAGUACAUCACCGGAGCCAGCAUCGAAGUGACAGGCGGACUUUUCAUGGGUUAAAUCAGCCGUCCGGCGAGCGCCCGACUGAAGACUGUGAGACUAGUUUCUACGUAAUUAUUAUUUUUUGACUUGAUUUUGAUUGCGUGAAUGUUUUUGUAAUUUUGAUGUGAACCUGUCACACGUUGUCUUAAUAAACACUAGAAUGUAAUGUUGAAUCUGAAUGAAGCUUUAAAAAAG